CGUGACAUAAACAUGGCCGUGGCCUUGAGGGGGCGACCCGCUCUGCGCGAAAUAAACCGGGUUCCAACUUCAGUUCCAAGACUGAUGACACGAGUCUUCAUCUCAUGUCGGUGCACGUCAUUGUAAUCAUAUUUCUCGUUCAUUUCUUUCUCCUACAAAUGACUUGAGUGCAUAUUUAGCAAUUUAUCCAGACGACUUCAUCAGAAGUCCUUAAAUAACCUCAUCUCAAGGUCUUAUGUCGGUGGACUUUUAACCUCUGCGCUUGGUUUCAUGAACUGGCUUCUUCGUGGACCCGAGAUUACUGUGUGUUUAACACCCAUAGACUGUGUUAACACCCCAAACAAACAUGUUGCCGAGUUACACGCAUAGAAGGAAGAGCCCUGGCGCUGCGCUUGCUGGAGACGCAUGUCAAAGUGAAAGGGCUCCAUGGGCGGUGUGUGUGUGUGUGUGUGUGUGAAGGUUUUCACUAGCAGAGUCACUAGUGCGCGCACGAAGGACGAGAGGAGGAAGCCUGCAUUGUGCACUCAUGGAUUAAUAUCCAGCUGGAGCAAUCAUUAGGAUCCCAUAUACCUCCAUGAUAUACUUAAAGGAAUUUUGCAUGACGAGAACAUGUGAACUUUACGCAGCUGUCGUGGUUGGCCUACCAACAAUCUCGCUUUCGAUGAUUUUAAUGACCCACUUCCUCGCCUUCAUCGUAGGAUUGUGGAAUAAGCCAGCCAAGCUAAAGUCAAUGAGAACUGGAAGAUGUGCUUGUAACCCUUGGUGCUUUGAGAAUCACAUGGAAUGCCCUUUGAACUCAGAGGUUUGGAAUUCUAUCUUAAUUCUGAGCUGUCUAAGUGCUCUAUUGCCCGUGGCUGAAGGACAUGCACCACAGGCACUACGAGACCUCCAGGACGCACUUAACAAAACCAGGAAUUUAUUCCAAGAUUCUAAUACGAGUUUGUAUACACCAAACACUGAUGGUAUCGAGAAAUGCACAUUUAAGUUCUUUGACUGUUUUCUGAUGGAGAUGAACGUUCUCUUGAAUGACGAAGACCCAACAAAUGACAAAAGGCCCAUGAUAGAGAAAACUUUAGAAGUAUAUAACAAAAAUUGUUCAGAGCGAUAUCCCUGUGAACUAGAAGAACUCGCCCCCUCCAGUAAUUUCUACGAGAAGAUGGAAGCGUUCAUUCAGAAACAGCAAAGUCUUUGCCAAGAUAAAUCUACUAUAACAUGUGACUAAAAUCAUACUUCCUUUCCCUGAAAGCAUGUACAAUAAGCUCAUUUAUCUAUUAUCAUUUUAAAUUAUGCUAGUCUCUUUAUUUUUGUUAUUAAUAUUUAUAUCACCUCAGUCUGAAAGUGUCACUUUAUUAAUGCUGUAAGAAUGAUAUAUUUUUUACAAAGGUAACUAAAGGGUUUUGUCAAUGAUCGUUGAACUGUGAACGUCUUGUAAGUGUACAGAAUUUUAAAGGUGAGAAAAUGUUUAAUCUAAAAUAGGUUUUGUAUAUUGUUUUAUAUUCAAUGUAUUGUUACAUUAAAGCAUUUUUUAUUGA